AUGGUGAUCCAUCAACCACUUGUAGGAAGAAGAAAGGCAGCAAAUCAUUCGUUCGAUAAUUCCAAGUUUGAAAUUAUCUGGGAUUUCUCUGCAGCCAAGUACAGUGCUGGCCCUGAACCGAUUGUUGGAUACUUUGUCUUGAUCAUGGUUGAUUCAGAACUUGGCCUAGCUCUUGGUGACAUGUCUGAAGAAGCAUCUGCAAAGAAGCUCAAACUGGGAACGAAAAUUGCUAAAUUCUCAUUAGUUUCACGACAAGAAAACAUUUUGGGGAAAGCCCUUUACUCAACUAAGGCUCAAUUCUGCGAUAAUGGGGCUGUACAUGAAAUUUUGAUACGGUGUAGAGGAGAAAAUGAAGGCCAAAAGCACCCAGCUCUAUCGGUUUGUAUAGAUAAGAAGACGGUGAUUCUUGUAAAGAGGCUGCAAUGGAAUUUCAGAGGAAACCAGACAAUUUUUGUUGAUGGAUUGAUGGUUGACCUGAUGUGGGAUGUUCAUGAUUGGUUCUUCAAUUCGGCCUUGGGCUACACGGUGUUCAUGUUCAGGACAAGAAGUGGAAUGGAUAGCAGGUGGUGGUGGCAGGAGCAGGUGAUGCAGAAAGAUCAAGAGAAAGUUGAAUUCUCAUUUGCCUGUAAGAGCCCAUAA